AUGGAUCAGGCGUUGACACCGAACUUGAACCCUUCCACUAGUAAAAGUAAGGCAUGGCAGAUGACACAAGCCACUGUUGACAACAGCCUGUUGUUCAUCAAGUUUCUCGUCGAGCACGAGGGCGUCGACAUCAACGGAGCCGACUAUGAUGGCUUCGCGCCUGAAGGGUGCCAUUAUUGGGCAGAGCAUUUGAGAGUCCCGGUGAUUAUCGCCGCCACUCUCGAGCGAUUCGAAAUCGCCAUAUAUCUCAUCGAGAGAGGCGCCCAAGUCAAUGCGCGCACCCCAAAGACCAAAGAAACGCUGUUGCACAAGGCCGCGGAAAAGGGUAAUCUUGAAUUUCUGAAUCACGUUCUUCAGCUUUCCGGAAUUGAGAUCGAUCCUUUGGAUUCGAACGGCGAAACUCCAGCAGUCAAGGCUACGCGUGCCAAUAACCGCAAUGCUGUCGAGACUCUCCUCCAGCACGGUGCAAGUGAAAACAUCCCUCUCCCCAUUGCCGUUGAGCUAGGAUGCACAGAAAUUGUCAGAGUUCUGCUCGACAACGGAGCGGACCCGGAGCAGAUCGGACAGGGUGGGCGGCCACUAUUGUACGGUGCAGUACAAGCAGGCAAUGGACCGCUCGUCGAGGAGCUACUCUGGGCUGGGGCCCACGACGACCCUGCAACGAGGGCCUAUUGUCCGGCGUUAACCGCCGCUGCAUCGCAAGGUCAGCAUUCUCUCGUUCAGCGGCUUCUGACAAAGGGAUGGAGCCCUGACGGCGAUGGGCUCGAUGAUGAGCAUCUCCCUCCACUACAUACUGCUCUCCAGUAUGGAUUCACGAGUGUUGCCACUGUCCUCUUGAAAAAAGGCGCGGACGUCAAUAUGUUUGAUGCCAAUGGCAUACCAGUGGUGUUCUAUGCCGCCGAGUUUGGAAACAUGGAUAUUUUGGAAAUUCUGAAGGACCGCGGAGCCGAUCUGGGCAUAAAUGUCAAUGGUGUCACCGCAGAGCAAAAGGCCGCUGAGCGUGGCCGAACAGAAGCAGUCGAUUUCUUCAGAAGAGAGGUUCAUGGACCACCAAAUGCGCACUAG